GAUGGACGAGUGUUUAUAUGUCUGGUGUUACUGCCCGAACUGAAGUGGACACUUGACAGUUGAUAUCGCCGUUGUUGAUAUCAAUCAAAAUUAUCAACUAGAAUCACAUUAUUGUUUGAAAACGAUCAAUCGAUCACAGCAUUAAUUUUUCAAUUGUUUUUAUUAAUUCAAUUCGCCAUAUAAAGACAAAAUAGUCAUUUGAAUUGAAUUGUGGUUUCGUCCAUAUCUUCUGAUCAACAAUAAAAAAAAAGAAACUAACGUGAAGACGUGAUUCGUGUGUUGGUUCAACACGAUAGUCUAAAUCACGCGUGGAACGCCUUUGUUGCCAAGUAUACUCAAUAACAACAUUAUUCGACACAAAUAACCGCUGGACAAAUUUGAUCACGAUGCCAGGAACUAUUUUGGAAAAUUUGUCCAAUCGUAAAUUGAUUGUCGUUCUGUCAAUUAUUUUUCUCAUACAAACGAUUUCAUUUUUGAUUGGUGCAUUCAUCUCACCAGCUCCAUCAAGUCCUGAACAAUACAUAGCCAUACAAUGUAUACCAGAAAAUCCGAAUGAAUUUAGCAUUCCACGUGACAUUGGUGGUCGUCAAAAAAAUUGCCGUCAACCAGAAUCUCAUGAACAAAACAAUAUAACAUUUGCAUUUCAAAUGCCUUUACCACGUGGAGGCAUACAGUUGGAUUAUUCACGAUGGAUGCAAAAUUUAUUGACAUUAAUCGUUCCUGAUGUUCUAUAUGAUACACGGCUCUCUGGUGGAGAUGAUCAUUCAGAUCAAGAUCAGCAUAUCAAUGCUACUGUCAUAAUGAAUGUACGAUUGGCUGUAAAAAAUAUUGGUGACAAAGAAUGGAAACAAUAUUAUCAACGAUCUAAUCUAAAACGUACGGUUACAUGCCAUAUUGAAGCACAUAAGAGAAAACAGGGCAUCAAUUAUGAUUGUGAUUUAAUACAAUUGUUUGAAUUACAAUCAUUGUAUUAUGAUUUCUAUCUAAUCAACUUGCAGUUCAUUGCUAACGGUAACUAUUGCUUUUACCUUUUGUUUUCGUUGUCUAAUUGCAUUAUAUGUUUGUUUUUUUUGAAUGUAGAAAAAUCCGAACAUUUUGGCUUUUUAAACAAUCUUUCUUUGGUUGCCAUUCAUCAAAAUGGUGGCUUUACAAAGAUAUGGCUAUCAUUAAAAUCGGUAUUUUUUAUCAUAACAUUGAUGACUUUCUUAUGGUAUCUAAACCGAAUUCAACAAUUGAAACGUGAUACAAAUCUAUUGGAAAAAUGUCUCAUCUUAUUGGGCUUUGGAAUCACACAAUUAAAUGUUCCGGUCGAAUUUUUGAAUCUAGUUAUGGAUGUGGAAUUCAUGUCUUUCCUUUGCGAUAUACGUCAAGGCAUAUUUCAUUGUUCAUUGUUGAUCUUUUGGAUCAUAUUCAUUGGCGAACAUUUAUUGGACGAUGUAAGCCGUGUCGGUUUAUCAUCAUAUUACAAACAACUGGCUAUCAUUCUCAUAGCCUACAUUUCAUUGUUCGUAUUCGAAUCGUCCGAACGUGGUAUACAGGUGAUAGAUCCAUUUUAUUCGAUAUGGGAAGUGGAUUCGAAUUUCGCCAUGAUAUUCAUUACAAUCACCGUGUUGGCAGCCAUUAGUUAUUUCUUUUUUCUCACCUAUCACUUAUGGCUUGCAUUUCGUAAUAUAUCAACCAAACAGCAAAGUCUUCCAUCGAUGCCUACCGCCCGUCGAUUGAUCUAUCAAGGAGUAAUCUUUCGUUUUAAGUUUCUUCUAAUAGCUACGUUUGUUUGUGCCACAUGUACGAUCAUCGCUUAUAUCAUGGGACAAGUAUCAGAAGAUCAAUGGUAUUGGGAUGAUCAACGAUCAUUUCUUAAUUCAUUACAAUGGUCUAGUGCCAUGUUUACAACUGUAUUUGCUCUUUGGAAUUGUUAUGUCAUGACAUUGUUGAUUCUAUAUGCUCCAUCUCAUAAGGGCAUGGACAGCUCAGAUACUGAUGAAAUGUCAGUAGAAUUCACACGAUUGACCGAUAAUGAUCUUAAUGAUGGACAAGCACGAAUCAAUUAUUCGGGUACAAGCGGACAGCGUCGGAAUCCAAAUCAAAAACCACAGUAUGAAAUGUCUUUACUACAAGAAUUGGCCACUAAACGCAACAUUAGCUAAAUGCUGAUUUAAUUUAUUUUGAAAAAGAGAGCAGUUUUUAUCUAGAAUUAUUGAUUUUUUCCUAUGUGUGUAAAUAAUGCCUAGCAUAUUUUUGCCAGUAUUAUCUUUAGAGAGAUGAGUUUGACAUUUACAAACAAAUCUGAUCCAAGACAAUGUGAUUCCAAGUUCACAAUUUCCGCUAAUAUUUACUAUUUUUUGAUAAUCAACGCCAAAGAGUAAUUAACUUAAUAAAAAUUUUAUUUGUUUCGAAAGUA